UGUUUAUUCACCUGCAACACGACGAUUUAUCGUUUAACCUCAAGGACCUUAAAUAAACUGUCAUCCCAGAGUAACGGGAGAGAAGCGCAGCUAAACAUUCAUGAUUGGCGAUCCAUCUGCGAUCGGCUGCGAGAAUUCCUGCGGUUUUUCCACCACCAAAAGCAGGGUUUACAGUUUGGCAUUUGCAAGGUUACAAGCAGGCUUAAUUCUUUUACCUUAUAUAUGCUUGUGUUUUGAGGACAAACUUGUUUUCCUUAAUUAGAUAACUUCAAAGAACGGCCUUCUUAUUUUGAUCAUUACGAUGAAGCACCAGGAGAACAAAAACGCCUCGACCUGCGGACAAUCUUCACCGCGCUGUCAAAACUGCGGAUUAUACUUUAUCCCUAUCAUUGUCACUUCACUUUUCUUAAUGGACUUCAUGGACUGGUUAAGCCAAGGCGACAAACUGAAGACCAUCGCCUACGACGAUCCCAACGAUAAUUUCCCGCAGAGCCCAAUCAUUACCGGCUUGACCUUUUUUCGGGUGAUGUUUACCACAUUCUUGGCAUCCGCUGCUACGUUUACGUUUAUCAGCAAAUUGGAUCGUGUAACUGGCGCUCUACAGGAACUAGACGAAGUAAAUCUGAAAAAGUCCAGAAAAUCGCAGCAUGGAUCGCGUCGAAACCCUGAUAUAAACGCAACUACAAGGACACAUGGAAAACGUGUAAAAAUAGCUUGGUUUGCUAUCUUGUAUUUAGCAGCGGAAAGCCUCGUGGGACUAAUAUGUUACAUCAUCAAACAGUGGAUGAACAGAACCAAUUUCUGGGAACCGAUAGUCUUCCUGUUUAUGCCGGCUGUUCCAAAGGGCAUUGUUGAAUUAUUACGGGGUACUGCCGUCUUUUUGAGCCAAAUCAGUAUCCAACCUAUUUAUCUGUACUAUGUGCAUACGUGCUCUGUGUUUACCAGUUCGGCGCAAAGGUACAAUAAACAGUUACAGGCAGCACUCGCAAAGGUCACGGAAACUGCGAUGCACACAAAACCACCGACUCAUUCAAUGUCACUUCCGUCUGAAACCGGGGUACUGGCCAAUGCACGGACAACGCAAAGCAGUGAUUUUGAACAAACUUUGCGACAACUGCGGAUCAAACAAGAAGCCUUAAUUACGUCAUCCAACAACAUGAGCGAAGCUUGGUCUUCCACCCUGGCAUGCUUAAUAUUCGGGAGCUUGGCCAUCCUGGCGUCCUUGACUUCCUACUGCUUUACCGUUACGGCACAGAAAACUACAGAUAUAAUUUCGAUGCUUCUGUUUGUGGGUCAGUUCAGUCAGCCCCUCAUUGGAUUGAUGAUCAUUGUGCUUUUCGCAGUUGUCCUUGAGGAAACGAGUCUCCGAUCUAAACCACUGUGGAAGGAAUUAAUUACCUGUCGACAGCGCACCCGAGAUAAGGUUGAAGCGGCGGAUGAAGAUGGUUGUUUAUUGACCAUUUUGCAUACUAUCGACCAUCACUGCUAUUCACUGAAGCUAUCACGAAUAAUUAACAUCGAUCGUGGGUUUGGUUUAGGGAUGGUGAUGGGAUUUUUGGGUUUCGUUUGCUUCCUAAUCGAACGAUCCGAAAACUACCGCGCACCAACUGAAAAACUGGAAGCUCUUAUUAAUACAUCUCGCAUCAUAAACACCUUCAACGCUACUGUUCUAACGGGAACCUCCGAUAACAAUAUUACUGGAACCCUUCGCUAUUCGUAGAAAAUCUGUUUCAUGAUAAUACGUCGAUACACGUCAGCUACGCUUCUUGUUGGGCGCAUGUCUCUUUCAGAUACAAGGUAUUAGUUAGUUUUAGCAACUCAGUUUCUGAAGUACGGAUACAUACUGUACUUUCAUGGUUAAAAAAUUUACAGUACAAAACUGCAGAUUGCUCUUAUAAAACAACCGAAUUAGAAGUACAGAGUAGAGCUCGUUGUAUUGCUGUUUAGCGUGAUUUUGUGCCGCAUCAUCUGAAAUGGUGGAAUAACCUUUUCG